AUGCCUGCUGCUUUUCGACGCUUAUUCGCAACAGUAUUAAUGUUUUGUCAGUCAGCAGAUCCUUAUGCUUUAUGGCUAAAGUUUUAUCCUUUUCUUUCUGAAGAUUUCAGCCACAAGUAUGGUAGCAAUGCCCAUAGAAUUCAUCAGCUUACUGUGCGGUCUAUUGAGAGGUAUCUAGAGGCUAUGGGGAAAUCACUUUCGUCAUUUGGUUUAGAGCAUUUAGAUGCCCAGGUUGAUGCUAAACUGAAAAUAACAAGAGACGUUGUAGAUGCUCUUGAUGCUCCUAUACCAGAGGAAUGCCUUACAUGUCGUUCUAGGCUUAACAAUGAACAAAAUGCUGCUUUCUUAUGUAUUAUGCAAUAUGUUAUGGAAGGGAAACCAGGAGCCUUUUUCAUAGAUGGUCCAGGAGGAACUGGAAAAACAUUUUUGUAUAAUGCUCUAUAUGCAGAGAUACGACUUAUGAACAAGAUUGUACUACCUACAGCUACAUCAGGUAUUGCUGCGGCAAAUAUACCUUCAGGUCGUACAGCCCAUUCAAGGUUUAAGAUCCCACUCGACAGUGAUGCUUUUCUAGCUUGUGAUGUUCCCAAACAAGAUCUACUUCUGCAGGAUGUAUGUGGAAACCAAAUAAUGUUCGGAGGUAAGAUUGUUGUGUUUGGAGGUGAUUUUAGGCAGGUUAUGCCAGUUGUUCCACAUAAAUCAAUGAAAGAAGAUGUGGAUAGUAGUAUUGUUACCUCAUUUUUAUGGCAGAAAUUUAUAAAAUUCAGAUUAGUAGAAAAUAUUAGAGCACGGGAUGAUUUACCGUAUUCUAGAUUCUUACUUUCUUUGGGUAAUGGUGAACUUCAAGAAUCAGAGUCUGCUUAUGUUCAGUUGUCAGCUAAUAUUGCACAGUUUAGUGAAAGUGAAGAAGAUUUAAUGUGUCAUCUGAUGAGAACGACAUUUCCUGAAAUGAGUGAUGAACAAUUUCAGGGAGAAUCUGUUACAUACAAAAGCUUUGAUGUCAUACUGAACGAUUCGUGUAAUGUAUACCCUACAGAAUUCAUAAAUAGUCUGUGUCCUGGAGGAAUGAGCCCUCAUGAGCUUGUCCUCAAAGAAAACUGUCCUUUUAUCUUGCUAAGGAAUCUCUUACCUUCAUCUGGUUUAUGCAAUGGCACUCGCCUUAUUUGUAAACGUUUCUUCCCAAAUGUUAUUCAAUGUGUCAUUGCUACAGGGCAAUACAAAGGAGAUCAUGUCUUCAUACACAGGAUUAACUUACGCCCAUCUGGAUCUGUAAACUAUCCUUUCCAGUUUGAAAGGAAAAAGUUCCCUAUCAAGUUAAGCUUUGCUAUGACGAUUAAUAAAUCUCAAGGACAAACACUUAAUCAGGUGGUUGUUCAUCUUCCACGCCCAUGUUUUUCUCAAGGACAAUUAUAUGUUGCUUUGUCUCGGGCUAAAAGAGCAAAGGAUGUAACUGUCUAUUAUGUUAAGCCACCAGAUCAAUUCCCAUUGGGCUCUGUGAAAAAUGUAGUGGCUUAUGAAGUUCUGAAAUUAGCAGGAAUUAUCAAGACAGGAAAGACUUCCAGCUACUUGGGAGGGGCUACAUACAAAGGGAAAGAGGCAUAUAUCAAAAAUAUGGUAGAAAAUCUAAUGUUUAAUGUCGACCUUCAUGAAGUAAAUUUAACAUACCAAGGCAUUUCUAUGGCAAUUAUGGAACUGCAUACUGUAACUUGGAGGGUUGCUGCUCAUUCUGCACUUCGCAAAACAGCUGUAUAUCAGAAACUGAUACUGUAUGCUUUUUUCCAUUUUGUGGGGAAUCCUUUCAUGACAAGAUGUAUUGAUUCACUUGUCACUGAGAUAAUGCUGACAGUUAUGCAUGUAGGAAACGGGUCUAUAUACAAGCACAAUAUGUCUUGUUAUAUCAGCAUUCCCAUACAGCUUAUAUUGAGUUGCAUAUAUGGAACACUUACCAAAGUGAUAACCUUACUGAUUGAAUUUUAA